AUGGGCAAGUGGCGUUAUGGCAUCGUCCUGGACGCUGGCUCGUCUGGGACCCGUGUACACGUUUAUCGGUGGUUGCGCAAUGCGGCCGCGCGCAAAGGUGCCGAUGCGGAUGAACUGAAAUCACUACCGGAGAUCAAAACCAAGGAGGACUGGGUUAAGAAGAUUCAUCCUGGCGUCUCUUCGUUUGCCGGUCAGCCUGAAGCUAUUGGACCCGACCACCUAGCAGAGCUCUUGGAACACGCGAAAAAGAUCAUCCCGAAAGAAGAUGCGAAGGAUACCCCAAUAUUCCUACUGGCGACAGCGGGCAUGCGGCUGCUUGGGAAUUUGGAACGCCAGCUCUUGCUCGAUCAAAUUUGCUCAUACGCUCGAGUAAACACUGAUUUCCUGCUACCCGACUGCGAAGCGCAUAUCCAAGUGAUUCCGGGAAAGACCGAGGGACUCUAUGGAUGGAUCGCGACAAAUUAUCUCAUGGGUACCUUUGACGCACCCGAGAAGCACGACCAUGGGAAGGGCCAUCACACCUAUGGCUUUCUGGAUAUGGGAGGUGCUUCUGCUCAGAUCGCAUUUGCUCCUAAUGCGACGGAAACUAAGAAGCACGGGGAAGAUCUCACCCUCUUGCGGCUGCGGAACAUCGAUAGCUCCGUGCAGGAACACCGAGUUUUUGUCACCUCGUGGCUGGAAUUUGGUGUAAAUGAAGCCCGGCGACGGUUUGUGGAAGCUCUACAAGAGCAAAUGAGCACAGGCACCGAAGUGCAAGAGUUGCCGGAUCCUUGCUUGCCUAGUGGGUUGAGGACUACCUUGGAUGGGAAGAGUGUCCCAGCAGAGUCUACGGGAGUUUCAUUGCUUGGUACCGGUCAAUUUGACGAAUGUCUUCGCAAAACCUUCCCUUUGCUAGACAAGGAUGCGCCAUGCUCCGACCAUCCGUGUCUGCUUCAUGGCACUCACGUUCCAGCUAUCGAUUUUGAUGUCAACCACUUCAUUGGCAUCAGCGAAUAUUGGCAUACUACGCACGAAAUUUUUGAAAUGGGGUACAAGGAUAAAGCAUACGACUUUAAUACCUAUCAGGAGCGUGUUAAAACGUUUUGCUCUCAGGACUGGGACGCCAUCGAGCAUGGUAUCGAAGAUCAUAAAUGGGGCAAGAAGGUCGACCGUCAAAAAUCCUACGAGGUUUGCUUCAAAGCAUCAUGGAUCAUCAAUAUGCUCCAUGAUGGCAUUGGAGUGCCUCGGGUUGGCCUAGAGGAUACGUCGGGCUCUUUUCACAAUGGCACGAAAGAAGUCUUGACGCAUGGCGAGCAGAAGGGCUAUCUCGAUGCCUUCCAGGCUGUCAACAAGAUCGAUUCCACAGAAGUGAGCUGGACUCUGGGGAAAAUCGUCCUGUAUGCCUCAUCUCAGGUACCAACCGAAGAGGACGACGAAGCACUGCCCGUCGGCUUUGGCAGCAAUGUCCCGGGGGUCCCUACCGACUUCCAAUACCCCAGCGUGGCACUGCUUCCUGACUCGGAUGGGUUCCACAGCGAGCACUGGCACGAUGCACUUUUCAAUGGAGACUCGCCUCGCCGGAUUCCUGGAUUCCUCCUGUUUCUAUUUAUCAUCGUGCUAGCCAGCUUUUUCCUCUGCGGACGGAGCCGUCGCUUGCCGCAAGCCUUUCGGUGGCAUGUUGCCUUUCUUGAACCGCAGCGCCCCUCUUACGAGCGCGUUUUGGAAGAUGGAGCUCAGGAAUUCGAUCUUGGCGCGAACGAUUCCGAUAGCAGCGAUUUGGAUGGUGGUCGUACCUCCGAUGCCGGGUCGGGUACUUUGCGGCCUCCGAAACGGGCCUCAAGCUGGGGCAGUGGCAGUAACACUCCCAGCCUCAAAUACACACUUGAUAAUAGCUCUUCUGGGACGAUUGGUCUAGGGAUCAGUGGUGGUUCGGGUGUCGCCAUGGACCGUGCAGGCCUGGUAGUGAGGACAGAAAGUCGAGACCACUUGGCUCCUAUCGCACUGGGACCGACUACGAAUGGACGUCGCUCUAGAGCUGGCAGUCCCACGCGAUCUCAUCACCAGAAAUCGCCGAACAUGAGCCCCCUCGCCGACGACUGA